AUGCUCGAACGUGCUGCCAGCGGCUUGGAGACCGCGGGUCGGCGUUUCUUUCGAGAUCCUAAUGGCGCCAUACGAACCAGAAGGUCUUUGUGUCAUCACUUCUGGAAGUACAAUACCUCAGGAAGAGACGCCGCCCACUGGUUUCUAGCCCUCACGCAGCCACCGGGUCAGCACUUGUCGUCCGUUCCCAAUCCUCCAUAUCGAAGUUUAAGCGCAAACGAAACCGUCUCCCCGUUCCUUGACUUUCUAUAUCCCCAGAAGACACAAGAAUUUGUGGCUCUUCGGGCAUCUCGUCUGCCCAGGAGACCGGGAUUGCGUCGGAGGAAAAGGACACUCGCCAACCCCCGAAGGACAUAUGCCUCGGAAGCCUCAAGUCUUCAGCAAAAUCCUCAUUAUGAGCCCAAAUCACGCGAGCGACCUUUGCAGCAGGACAUGGCAGAUGCGAGCAUCGAACCCAUAACGGCGAAAGUGGUAAAUCCUGCAGCCUCCAGUCUUCAGCAACACCCUCAAGAGGAGCCAAAGGCACACCGGCUACCUUUGCCACAGGAUAUAAAAGAUGUUAGCAUCCAAGACAAAAGGUCAUUUGAUGAUCUUAUGAAAUUUCUGAAAUCGCCAGAAAAGGAUUCUUCACCCGACAGGGCCUGGGUGCUCUACCUCGCAGCUGGGCGUCCCUUGAAUGCUCGUGCUUCACUUUGUGCCUUUUUCAGCUUGUCAGAGAAAGCCGCAGAUGCGGAGCGGGCAUGGAAUCUUUUCCAAGAUCUGCCACUGGAAGAAUGUACCCAUGACCAUUUUCACCAGAUCAUCCAAUCCCAGCUUCGUUGCGGAAAGCCCGAGAAUCUGGUGCGAAUCUGUGAAAUGGCCGUUGCAAGGGAAAAUGCCGAUUUUUGUUUUACAUUGGCAUUUUCAUACUUCGUGAACCGUCGUGACUGGGCCAACGCAGAGAAGAUAUGGACCUUUCAUUCCCAGUGGAAGUCUUUUCACGGGAAAAGAAAAGAAAAACAAGAAAUCCUAUCACCCGCUUCGCUGAACCCGAAACUCCCUGAAUACGUACUUGCGUUGGCAGUCUAUGCUAAAGACGAAGCAAGUGAGGUCACUGCUCAAGGAUCUCUCCGCCGAGACAUUGUGCAAUCAUUUUUAACACGCAUUUCAAAAUCCUCUGAGUUGCUCACAGGUACUUCGAUGAAUAUUCUGAUCCCUCUCAUACAGGUGUCUGAUGAUUUGAAAAUCAUGACUCUGCAACACCAUGUCAACAUCAUGGAAUCCCUUCAAUCAUCAACGAAGCAAUUGGAUUUUGCCCGAUCAAUCAUCUUCUACCAAGAAUUGCGGGCCUUCCUUGAUCGCGAUCCAAAACAGCGCCUUUCGAAAAAGCUUUGGAACCGUCAAUUGGAACUUCUCGUCAAAUUCGAAUUGACCGAGAGUAUCCAGUAUUUCCUUGGUGAAGUCGCUCACUUUCAUGGGAAACCAUCAAUGCAGACCUACAGAGACGUCUUGAAUCUCUUCGGUCGUUCUGGAAAUGUGUCCCAAGUCAACAUUAUAUUUGACAAGCUUGUGGCAGAUUAUGGCAAGCCAAAGAGCCGCCGACUGGUGACUCCACUUUUAUAUGCCCACGCGAGUGUGGGAGAUGUUCCGGGGACCGUCAAUCAAUUCCGAAGGCUGGCAGAGGAGUUUCAUCUUAAGCCAAACACGGUGUGUUGGAAUAUCCUCAUCACCGCAUAUGCAAACAACGAUGAUUCGGCAGGCGCCUUCUAUCAUUUUUCCAAAAUGAUUCGGGCUAAAAUGCGACCCGACUCCCACACAUUUGGCAUCAUGAUGGGAGUAUGUGCUAAUAAAGGAGAUGUUGGUGGUGUUCGCGCGCUGCUCCGCGAGGCAGAGAAGCAGCGGGUAACCGUCACAAUGGCGAUGCUCAGCACAGUUGCUCAAGCAUACAUCAGCAACGGCCGUCUGGACUUAGCCGAAAAGCUUGCGACAACGUGCUUAAAGCUCAAUGUGGAGGGUUCCCCAAUGCGGAUGUGGAACGCACUUCUGAUGCAAUAUGCGUUCAGGAUUGACCACCACUCCUUCUUUCGAGUGUGCUCUCUUAUGCGAGAAGCUGGGUUACGGCCAGAUGAGAUAACGUAUGCGACUGACCUGCUCCGCCUGGUUUUGGUGAGCGAACCUGAUCAGGCGCGCAUGGCCCUAAGGCGAAACCACAAGCGAGGGGUCUUGCAAGCGACGGAGCUUCACUAUGCUAUCCUAAUUCUUGGAUAUAUCAAAACCCGACAAUUUACGAUGGUCAAGGUCAUAUUUCGUGAGAUGCUUGAGCGAUUCAAUCAUUCCGGUUUGGAGUCCAGUCUUUUGAACCUUGAAGCAGAAAUACCACCCGACCACUGGACGAAGAGACCUAACCGAAAAGACCGAAAAGAUGAAAAAACUGCUAAUGCUGAGAAGCGCAUUAAGACUCUCGAGAUACUGCUUAUCGAGUCAAUAUCCCGAUGUGAUACAACUGCGCUCGCAAGCAUGCUUCAUUCAUCCAAAGGUCGAACGGAGUCUCUAGCAAAGGCUUUUGGUACCUGGCAUUAUGAGUACCUUAUCCAGGAGUACGGCGCAACUGGUGCGAUAUCUAUGGCCCGUGAACUUUACCAGCGACAGUUGUCUAGCAUGGCACCUACGAGCGCACAAGGUUCAGGCUCUUUCUCUGCUCCACUUCGCCUUGUAAAUGCUAUGAUGUCUGCGCAUCUCAACGCCGAACAGUACAAAGAAGUGGGUGAGUGUUGGCAACUUGCCUUUUCAAGUGCAAUCAAGACAGCUAGCCGAGUAAAAGUUCUUGAUAUCUUCAAGCCUUCGGCAUCGAUUCCAGGUGCCAUCUCUGAUUCCUCUGCUCAUGAUCAGAGUGAAAUUGUUCCCAACGAUCCAUCCGACAAGCAAAAUAAUCAGAUCAUCCAUUCACGCCGCUUCAUACUUUCUCGAACCCUUUCUCUUUUCUUGCAGUCGUUGGCUCACCAGCACAAGCCCGAACAAAUGGUUGAAGUCGUGGCCGAGGUCGAGGCAGCUGGCUUUGAAUUGUCAACCUUCAAUCGGUCCACCCUUGUGCAGAUGCUUGCGGUUUCCGUUAAGUUCGAUCACAUACUCGAAGCAUUCCGGAUAUUUGAGGAUUACUUCAUGCCUCACUGGCCUGGAUGGAAUCGACUUAUCCGAGGCCAAUCGCUGAAGCCUUGCGGGACCCCGAGGACUUUAUCCCUGAUUGAGGACAAGCGCACACCCCUACAGUCUGGCCGUUACCUCGGGAAGGAGGCGGCAAAGUACUGGAAGCACGUGUCUCCAGAUUACAUGCAGCCCACAUACAAUAUGAUUAUUCACCUUGCUGCUGCCUGGGAACGCAUUCGGAGCGCAACCAUUGUGAAAGGCAGUCAUGAGCUCGACAAAUUGUCUAAUACAGCACCGAGGACGCUUGAUGCCAUCAUCAAAAUGCCUUACCUGCGCGACAGGAUCCAGGGUGUUGUUCUUCGACAGCGUGGAGAGCAACCAGAUCAUGAUAAGGCGCCGUUGCCCUCUGCUUUAGGCUCCGCCCCUGGUGGUGUCCUUGGGCCUGGGGGUCGGACCAAACGUGCAACUUUCGUCCACCAGGGUAAGGUGGAUGAGGUUGAAAUAGUCGAAUGGGUCGAGCAGAUCGAUGUGAACGAUGAUAAGCAACAAGAAGUUACCAACAAGUCCGCGCAGACACCAGACGAGCACAAUCAAAAAACAGACGUUGUCAAACAAUACCACGAGCGUGCAGCACUCAGCCAAGAAGGGUGGGACGGUAUUCUCUCUCCGGCAAAUUUACUUGACUUGCAAAGCCAAGACCGCUACACAGGCAAAUCUAUGAAGGCAACGAGACCAGGCGUCUUGAGAAAACGGCCAUCUAACAGCACCCGAUCGCAGGGCAAACCACUGAAUCUUUUCAACCGGCCCGAGACUGACUUCUAA